GCGCGGGCUCGAUCCGAGGCCCGAUUCCGCGCCCGCCAUGGCCGACAAAAUGGAUAUGUCUUUGGACGACAUCAUUAAGCUGAACCGGAGCCAGCGAGGCGGCCGCGGCGGAGGCCGGGGUCGCGGCAGGGCCGGUUCCCAGGGCGGCCGCGGCGGUGCGGUGCAGGCCGCCGCGCGGGUGAAUCGAGGCGGCGGGCCUAUGAGGAACCGGCCCGCCAUCUCUCGCGGCGCCGCAGGCGGCGGCGGCAGGAACCGGCCGGCACCCUACAGCAGGCCGAAACAACUUCCAGACAAAUGGCAGCACGACCUCUUCGACAGCGGCUUCGGGGGUGGAGCCGGCGUGGAGACGGGUGGGAAGCUGCUGGUGUCAAACCUUGACUUCGGAGUGUCAGACGCUGAUAUUCAGGAACUCUUUGCGGAAUUUGGAACGUUGAAGAAAGCAGCUGUGCACUACGAUCGCUCUGGACGAAGUUUAGGGACAGCAGAUGUGCACUUUGAACGGAAGGCAGAUGCCCUGAAGGCUAUGAAACAGUACAAUGGUGUCCCUUUGGAUGGCCGUCCCAUGAACAUCCAGCUCGUCACAUCACAAAUUGAUACGCAAAGAAGACCUCCACAGAGCAUAAACAGAGGUGGCAUGACAAGAAACCGUGGCUCUGGGAGUUUCGGUGGUGGUGGUACCCGGAGAGGGACCCGCGGAGGCAGCCGGGGAAGAGGUAGAGGUACCGGCAGGAACUCAAAGCAGCAACUUUCUGCAGAGGAGCUGGAUGCACAGCUGGAUGCUUAUAAUGCAAGGAUGGACACCAGUUAAACAGCCGAGCAAAUCCACACAAGUAACAGGACUCAGAAGCCUCGUCGUGAUCCCUAGAGGGAGGGUUGGCAACUGGACUGUGCAGACAAUGGUGGAUUUGUUUUUUGUUUCUUUUUUUUUUUCCUCCUGUUUUAAAAUAGGAUCUAAAAACUCAUGUAAAGGCUUUUUUUUUUUUCUUUUCUUUUUUUUUUAAUUCUGAAACAGACCUGUUUUGUACCGAGUUAUUUUUGGGAUAAAUUUUACUGGUUGCUGUUGUGGAGAAGGUGACAUUUUCACCUUUGCCAUAAUAAAAUAGAAUUGUGUGUAGAACUGGAGCUGUCUGGUCCAUCCUGCUGUUAAGAUUCUCUGUCACAGCUAGCUGUCUGUGGCUAUAGCUAGUACCUGAUGUGAGGUUAGAAUUGUGAGAUGUCUGGGAGUCCGUGGCUGAGGCCUUCUGUCUCCUUCCCUGUGUUCUAAUGCCUCACUCUAGCCUGAUAGGUGGGAAGAUUCAGAGCAGUAGUGGCCUUCUGCCCGGAGCUGCCUGUCCAUUUGCCUGCACCAUGAGGCAGUCUGCUGUAUGUGCUGUAUGGUGUCUAGAGAUGUGACCCAUAAAUUCUUGGGCUGUUCUUUUGACUUAUGUGUCAGAGAAAUCUGGUUUCGGCUUUGAACCCCUAUGUGUUGUUUCUCUGUCUUGUUACAUUGACAGGGAACAAAGACAAGGAGGGUGCUUCCUUAUUUGUUAGCAGUCAAUCCUUGGUGUCCUUGGGUGAUGCUAGUUGCAGGACCAAAAUCUGAGUAAGGAUGCCCAAAUCUCAUGUAAAGUGGCAUAGCGUUUGCUUAGAGUCUAUGCACGUAUUCUUGUAGGCUUUUUCAAGGUACGUUGUAUUGUUUAGGGAGAGCAGACAAGAUUCAUUGUCUAGCACAUGUGUGAUCUUCAAUUGGGAUAUUUUUGUCUUUGGUUGGCUCUAGAGACAGCUGUAAAAUAACCAAUGGAAGUUGAGGCAGAAACCAGUUUUCAAGAGGGUUGGGGUUAAACAUGGAAUACCUUGGGCUGCUUAACAGGAUUGGAAGCAGGAUUUUGAGGAAGAGCUGAGAAAUGGGAGCUCAAAACUUGUCCUUGUCUCGCUGCUGGGGAUACCUGGAGGACUGAGCGUGGGUGAAUAUAGUGGGGUGACAAGCCCCAGAAGCUUUUGUGUUUGUUUGUUUUUGUUUUUGCACAGGGUUUGUCUGUGUACCCUUGGCUGUCCUGGAACUCCUUCACUCUGUAGACCAGGCUGGCCUCAACUCACAGAAAUGCUCUUGCCUCUGUCUCCCAAAUGCUGGGAUAAAGGCAUGUAUCACCACUGCCCGGCUGAGGCAAUACUCUUAAGGGCUGCUGAAGCCUUUGCUUCAGUGUUCAGAAAGGACCUCUGACUGUGUAGGAUGGAGCACACGUCACGAUUCUUAAUGUGUGUUGGUUGGACCUGGACUCCCAGUUAGGCUAGGUUGGCUAGCAUCCUGUUUGCAUCCAAAGUAUUGGAUUGUAAGGGCGUGCCACCACACCUUGUUUUUUAUGUGAUUGCUGAAGAUUUUGGGAUCUGAGCUCAUCCCAUAUUCCUCACUUUGCCAUCUCUGCUUUCAACUUGAGGUGAUUGGAGGUGGGUCUCAGGUUUGGUUUGUGUGAUCAAAGGUCUCACAAACCACCUGAGCUGAGGAGUAAUCCUCCCUUCAGGCAUCAAGUGUUAAAUCUUACAUAGCAGUAUUAAACUCAGUGGUUCAUGGUAUAUUCAGAAACCUCUAAUCUGGUACAUUUUUCAGUCUGUAUCUUGAAGCAGGGCCCUCAGGUAAAUAUUGUUUUACUCCUCCCUUUAGCAAACUAAUAGUUUAAUAGACAAAAGGAAAAUGAAAAACUGUAAUAUAUAGUGUAACAAAGAGGGAAAGGUGGAGUAAGGCCUGGAAUAUCUCUGUUACCUGACCUGUGGUCACAGUAUUUUCCAGGGACCUGGCCUAUGCCUUGGACUCUGUUGGAUAUUCUACAUGAAUGUCCCCCCUCCCCAGAAUCAGUUAUAGAAUCUUUUAAAAUUAUUUUUUAAAAGCUGGUGGUGCAUUCCUGUAAUCCAAGUACUCACUCGGGAGGCAGAGGCAGACUGAUCUCUAAGAGUACGAGGCCAGUCUGGUUUACAGAGCAAGUUCCAGGACAGCCAAGGCUACACAAGAAACCAUGUCUCAAAAAAACCAAAACAAAAUGAAGUUUGUGUACUCACCCAACACAUACAAGUGUUUCAGCUUUGUGCUGUGCUUUUAAUAUGUAGCCUAAGUUUUUUCCUUUGCUUAAGACGGUUUUACUGUUGUCAUUAGGCUGCUCUGGGAGUGGGCAGUCCUCUGCCACAGCCUCCCAGUGCUGGAAAUCCUGGCAUGUAUCACCAUAAUCAACUUUUGAGAAACUGUAAACAUUUUUUUUUAAUUGUUUUUUUCGAGACAGGUUUCUGUUUUGGUGCCUGUCCUGGAUCUCGCUCUGUAGAUCAGGCUGGCCUUGAAUUCACAGAGAUCCGCCUGGCUCUGCCUCCCGAGUGCUGGGAUUGAAGGUGUGUGCCACCGCCACCCAGCAAGAAACUAUAAACUCUUCUAAAUAGUUGCAACAUCUUAGUUUUUGGUUUCUUGAGACUAGGACAUGUUAUGUAGCCCUGACCUGCUAUGUAGAGUCCAAGCUAGCCUAGGCCUCAGUAGCUCAGUUCUUCAUUUAGAAGUAUUGAAUUGGAUGAAUUUGUUUUUGUUUUUUAAUUGAAUAUGAUGAAUGUCUAUAUUCAAGUUGUACAAAAAUCACAGGUCAUCACACCUCAUCUCUUUAUAUUGCUUAUUGUCAUUGCUAAAGUUUAGAUCUGGAGUGUCUGCCUAAGACCUGUAUUUUGAAAGCUUGGCCCACAGUACUAUAAGAGUGGGUAGAACUUUUCUUAUGGAGAGUAUUUAGGUCAUUGGAACCAUGCCUCUGAAGAUGCUAACACCUAGCCCUACCUCUUUGUACUAAUUUUCUUUUACAUUUAUUCACUGUGUGUGUGGACAUACAUUUACACAUGUUCAAUGGCAUAUGUGUGGCUGGAGGUCUUCCAUCCUGUGGGUUUUAGCAAUCAAACUUGAGGCUUGUGAUAAGUGUCUCUACCCAUUAAACCAUUUUGCUGAUUCCUCUUUGCUUCCUAGCAACUGUGAAGAAGUAAACAAUUUUUCUACCAUGGGCUUCCUCAGUAAUGAACUGUGCUGUUGACAGUACCAAAGAAACCUCCAGAACAGCAAAAAAUCCUCUGUUCUUUCUUAGAGGAAUGAUUCCUUUAUUCAGGCUGGCCUUGACCCUGACAACAAUCCCCUGCCUCAGCCUUCUUGAGUGUUAGAACUUUAGGCAUGAACUACCUUAUGCUUGUCCUGUAAAGUUGAUAAUCUCAGAUAUGUUUGUCAUAGUUAUGAAACGUUGAUUAGAACAGUUCUAUCAUUAAUGUGUGUCUGGUUGCAUGUAUGUGUUCAUACAAAACUGUGCACAUGUGUAUGUCAAUGCCCAUGCACUUGUAUGCAUGCAUGUGGGAGCCACAGGGUGACAUCAGGCUUUCCCUCACUCUUUUUUGUUUUGUUUUUUGAGACAGGGUUUCUCCGUGUAGUUUUGGUGCCUAUCCUGGAUCUCGUUCUGUAGACCAGGCUGGCCUCGGCUGGCCUCGAACUCGACAGAGAUCUGCCUGGCUCUGCCUCCCAAGUGCUGGAAUUAAAGGCGUGUGCCACCACCGCCUGGCCCACUCUACUUUUUUUAUGUGUGUGUCUGAACCCCAGUAAGUUUAUAUGUACCUUAUAUGUACAGGAGCUCUUGGAGGCCAGAAGAGGGUGUCAGGUUUCCUAGAAUUGUAGUUAGGUGGUUUUGAACAGCUGCGGGAGUGCUAAGGACCAAAUCUAGCACUCAGGAGGCAGAGGGGGUUGGAGCUCUAUGAUUUUGAGGCCAGCCUAGUCUACAUAGUGAGUUUCUGAUUAGCCAAGCUACAUAGAAAGACCCUGUCUCCAAAAAUAAAAAUGACCAUGCCCAUCUUUUUUUUUUUUUUUUUUAAAGAUUUUAUUUUUAAUUACAUGUAGAUGGGGUGGUAUAUGCAGGUGCCUGUGGAGGCCAGAAAAGGAACCCCUGGAACUGGAAUUACAGAUGGUUGUAGCUGACAUGUGGGUGCUAGGAACUGAAUGAACCUGGAUCUUUUUCAAGAGCCAUUUCUAUAGCCCCUAUCUUUUUUUAUUUUGAAACAGAAUCUUACUCCAUAGCUGUAGCUGCUUAGAACUCAGAGAUCCUCCCAUCUCUGUCUCCUGAGUGCUAGAAUUAAAAGUUGUGUUUCACCAUGCCUGGCUUUUAAUUUAAAAUUACACUUAUUUGGAGGGGGACUACACAUGUGCCACAGUAUACAUGUGGACCCCAGUGAAAACUUGGAGUUGCUUCUCUCUUUCCACCAUGUGGGUCCCAGGUUUGAAUUCAGUGCUCUAUGUUUGAUGGCAAGUGCAGUUACCUACUGAGCCCUCUUGUAUGCCUGUCUUGUGCAUGGGUGCUGAGGGUCCUUGACUCAGGUCUUCGCAUGGCAGGCACAUGUCUCACAGGCUUAGCUAUCUACCUAGUGUUUAGGGUUUUUGUCCCCCCCUCUACAGGAGAGAAUCUCAUGUAUCCCUGGCUGGCUUUGAAAUCCAUAUAUAGCUGAGGAUGACCUUGACUUUUUUUUGUGUGUAGUAGUAAUAGGGACUAAAACUUGGGCCUUAUGCAUAGAAGGCAAGCACUCUACUAAGGAGUUACAUCCCCAGCCCUAGCUUUGAACUUCAGAUCCUCCUGCCUCCCCCAUGAGGGGAUUGCAGGUGUUAUGUAAUACUUGGGAUCAAACCAGAGCUUCAUGCCUACAGGACAAACACUGCCACUAAGCUUCAUCCAUAGCCCCUAUUUUUCUUUUUAAAAUUUUAAUACUGAUUAUUGUGUUUGGGUGAGUGCAUGAUGUUUUACUUGGGUGUGGGCAUGCGUGUGCUACUGUACGUAUGUGGAGGUCAGAGGACUUUGUGGAGUCACUUCUACAUGUGGGUCCCAGGAAUCAAACUCAGGUCAUCAGGCUUGUGUGGCAGGUGCUCUGGUUAAUUGUGAAUAUUCUAAAGUUACUGUGUAAUUUGAUGUCCAUGCUUAUAGAAAAGUGUAAAGAGUUCUUGUGUAACUCUACUUAGACACUCUAUUGUAGACUAUUUGCCAUAUGUUUAUUCUCCCUGUUUUUGUGUUUUCCAGACAGGGUCAUAUGUAGAUUGCUCUGGCCUUGAACUCCAGAUCUUCCUCCCAUUUGAAGGUAUUAGGUUGUACAGGAAUGCACAUACAGUUAUCCUGUACUUUUUCCGGCUUGGAUAAGUAGAUUAAAAUAACUUGACUCCUGUAUCUUUUUGGAGACGGAGUCUUUAUAGCCCAGACUAUCUUUGAAUUCAUAAUCCACCUGCGUCAGCCUCUAUGCCACUAUAUCUGGGACUACCUGUUCCUUUUUCUCUUUCUCUUCUUGAAACAAGGUCUUAGAAACUAUAGCCCAGGUUGUCCUGGAUAGGCUAAACUUGAAUAAAUGAUGAUCCUCCCUCCUCCUUAGCCUUCUGAUAUUACAAAUAUAAACAGUCACACACAACUUCCAUCAUUUAUUCACUUGGCCCUUUGUAUCAAAGUGGAUUUUAUUGUUCAAAUAGCUUUAUCUCUGGGUCUCUUUGAGAUGGCUAUCUAUGCCACUGUGCUCCAACAGCAUCUUUAAUAAUUUCCUUCUUGACACUGUUAAGAUGUUGCAGACCCACCUUCGUUUUCCCUGCCCACACCUGGAGCCACCAUUUCUCCAAGGAGCGUGGGCUCCUUUAAUGGAGACCAGCAUCUUGCAACCAGAUCUGAACACUGGGUGAGCUUGUUUCUUGCCCUCUCUGGCCAGAGCUGGAAAACCUGGGUACUAACACAUGUGUACACUACUGUGUGUAUUUCUGUAGUGUCCAGUCAUGUAUACAAUUGAACAACCAUGAGUACCUCCUAGUGUCUGACUCCCAACACCCCAGGACCCAUUCUUGCUUCCUCUUACUUGUGAUUGCUUUGUGUAACAGGGAACAGUCGUCUGAGACUCAAAUUAUUUCACUUACAUGAUUCAGUAGACUAUAGUGUGUCCUGAAGUUUUUGAGUUUUAGCUUUAUUGGGAUGUAGUAAAAGUAUUGAUUUCAAGAGUUGUCUGGGUCUGGGUGUGGUGGCACACACUUUAAUCCCAUUACUCAGGAAGCAAGAGGCAGAAGGAUCUCUGUGAGUUUGGGGCCAGCUUGGUAAACAUAGCAAGUACCAAACAGACCCUGUCUCAAAAACAAAACAAAAAAGUUGUCAGGGAAUAAAAAGCUGGAGCUGUAUAGUCAGUUGGUAGAGCUAGCAUUCACCAAGUCCUGGGUCUGAUCUCCAGCACCCCCUAGACCAGACCUGGUGGUAUAUGCCUAUAAUUCCAGCACUAACCAGUUACAGGCAGGAAAAUCAGAAGUCCAAGGUCACCUUUGGCUACAUAGGGAAUUUGCAGUGAGCCUGAUAUAAGUGAGGCCCAUAUUAAGGAUUAUAAUCUCAGCAGUCAGGACACUAAGGCCUGGGCUAUGUGACUCAAAACACCAUCCCCUAAAAAUCCAAACAAAGGGUCUCUCUGUCUGCCUUUUUGUUCUUUGUAUACAAGUUAAUUUAUCACAGUAGUUGGUAUUCUGUGUCAGCUCCUUGUAUUGGCUAAUUUUAACAUCACAUACAACGGCAAAGCACAGCACACACACUUAACUAAAACAACUGAAUAGGUCUGAAGAAUCCUGAGUAGUCCAAAGACCUCUACUAAACUCUUUAUGCUUUUUGCAAUUGCCCAUAUCAAAUACCACUCAAUUCAAUCAGAAAUAGCAAACCAAACUGGUAUAGUGGCCCAGGUCCUUAAUCCCAGCACUCAGGAGGAAGAGGCAAGCAGAUCUCUGAGUUCAAGGCCAGCCAGGGCUACGUAGUAAAAUCCUGUCUCCAAAAAAGAAAAGGAAACAGACAAACUUGUAAAUCUAUAGCCAGGGCUUGUCCCAUAGAAUAACCAGCUGUGGUGGGCCAGUCCCAUGCUUGCUUUGCUCUGACUCUACCCUGAAAUGGGCUGACCCAUGUCUGCUUUGGAAGUGCCCAGUUCAUGAUUAUUGGCAAAUUUUUUUUGUGCCAUAGUUUACUCUGACAAUGUUAGUUUUUCAGGAAUUAUGUAAGGUUAUGUCACUUUUAUAAAUUUGUAAUUUAUGAUUUACAUUUACUAACUGUUAUUGAAUCUCUGGUGCCAACUCGCCAGCCAUUUGUUGGAAAAUAGCAAAUAUGUCAUUAAAGAUUUUUAAAAAUUU